AUGAAUGAAACAGUACUGCGGGAGUGGUUCAAUCGAGUUGACUCGGAGAAAAGUGGAAGCAUAACCGCGCUCCAACUCAAGGCAGCUCUAGGUAAGGGAAACCUGGAAUUUUCCCUCUCAGUUGUUGAGCAGAUGAUCAGGAUGUACGAUUUUGACAAGAAUGGUACCAUGAGUUUUCAAGAAUUCGUUGCCCUCAACAACUUCCUUCUUAAGGUUCAACAUGCUUUUGCUGAUCUAGACAAGGGUCGUGGUUUUCUUCUACCCGAUGAUGUCUUUCAGGCUGUGGUGAAAAUUGGUUUCAUGCUGGAUUCUCCUGCAUUUUACUCUGUCUGUGAGAGCUUUGAUCAAAGUAAAAAUGGGAGGUUUCGGCUGGAUGACUUCAUAUCACUCUGUAUAUUCUUACAAUCAGCUCGGAAUCUAUUUACUUCAUUUGAUACCGCAAAACAAGGCAGAGUUACUCUGGAUUUGAAUCAGUUUAUCUAUUGUAGUAAGUAG